UUGCUCCGCAAAGAAGUAGUGCAGUGCAAUUUCAGUAUUAGCUAAGCCGAGCUGAAAGGUCACUCUUACUAAUUAUAAACAAACACAAAAUGUCCAAACAAUAUGGACUUAUUAUCUCUGGGCAGCAGAAGAAGGUUCCAGCGAAGCCCGUAAAGCCCGCCAUUUUCGACGAGAGCAGCGCCUCUGAAAGCGACGACGACCGAAAUGCCCCCCAAUUGAAGUCAAAAACCGGAGUAACCAGUGGACCAAGUCUGAUGGAGCGCCGUGUGGCCCGCCGGCAGCAGGAGAAGGCCCUGGCCGAGGACCCAACCAUCUUCCAGUACGACGAGCUCUACGACGACAUGGACAACAAGCGCGAGGAGGCCAAGCAAUCGAAAAGCAAUGAGCCCCGCAAACCAAAGUAUAUCGGCCGGCUAAUGGAGCACGCCGAGCGCAGGAAGCUGGAAAAGGAGCUGCGCAUCGAACGGCAGGUGCAGAAGGAUCGCGAGGCCGAGGGCGAGAUGUACAAGGACAAAGACACCUAUGUGACCGCCGCCUACCGCAAGAAGCUAGAGUCCAUACGCCAGAUGCAGGAGCAGGAGCAGCGCGACGAGUAUCUCGAGGCCAUUGGCGACGUCACCAAGCAGAAGGAUUUGGACGGCUUCUACCGUCAUCUCUACGAACAGAAACUGGGUCCUGCCGGUGGGGAUGUGGAUGUGGUCAAACCAAAAACGGCACCCUCCACUGACGAGGUCUCGUACAAGCCCAUCAAGGCGGAGGUGGUUAAGCACCGCAGCUAUCGUCAACGACGCCCCUCCGAAGAGGAGGAGGAUGAUGUGGAUUCCAAGGCCAAGUCUGGUCGGGUUGUAGAGACCACCACGUCCGCGGAUCAGGCGGAAAGCAAGCCAGCCCAGGCUCAUCUGGCCAACAAUAUAGAUGCCGACUCCGAUUUCAGCAUAGACGACUCCAGCGAUGACGAGGCUGAGGAUAAGGACAAGGACAAAAAGAAUGAUGAGGUCAAGCAACAGCAGGCCCAGGAAAAAAGUAAGGAGAAAGAUAAGCCACAGCAAAGUUUAAAAGCCACCAAAGAGAAUGAAACUGCGGCACCGACUGGAUCCCCCGACAAAAAAGAGGAUUCAGAUGCGGAGCUGGACGAGAAGGAUCUGCCCGUGCCCAUAGUUACUAAGCCUCCGGUGGACCGCACGCUCAUCUGGCGCAAAAGGACCGUGGGCGACGUAUUCGACGCCGCCUUGGCGCGUUAUCAGGAACGCAAACGAGCCCGCCAGGGCUAAAACGCAUCCAAUUAAAGUUCGAGUAGAUGGAACAACAAA